CGCAUGACUGCGUCAAUCGUCAAAUGUCAAUGGAUCAUGAAAAACACAAAAGCUGGAAAACUGAUGCAAUGUUUAGAAAAUUUAGCAAGUUGUGAAUUAGAAUAUAUAGAAGUUCUCUAGUGUGUAAUACGAAUGCAAAAAAUUGUAUUACUAGCUUAAAUAAAUCUUAUAUAUCUCAGAUAGUAAACAUGUCGCAUAGAACUUUAAUAGAUUUCGUUGUUAAAUACCACAAGCCCCGUUUGUUAAACAAUCUAGUGUUUUUUCCCAGUUAUGGGAAUUCUUUUCUUGGUCGACGAUUAGCAGUAGUUUCAGCGCCGCUUUCAACAUCAACUCCCAAAGUUCAAUCACCACGAAAUUUAAGCACAUGUGUUCCAAAGUUUAACGAAGCAACACUUACGCCCGAAGCGAAGAAAACUGAAGGAAAAUUCCAGUUAAUGUUCACAUGCAAAAAGUGUAAUACAAGGAACGCCAAAUUUAUCUCUAAAUUAGCCUACUACAAAGGAGUCGUUAUAGUUAUUUGUGAUGGUUGCGAAAACAAACAUUUGAUAGCAGAUAACCUCAACUGGUUCACAGACAUGAAUGGCAAGAAAAAUAUUGAAGAUAUAAUGGCUGAGAGGGGAGAGACAGUUCAAAAAAUCUUAUCAGAAGAUUUGGAAUUCAUAGCUAAGGAGAUAGUUCAAAAACAAAGUAUUCCAGAAAAGCAAGAGGUAAUCGGAUAGUGUAAACAUACCUAGUGAAGUUUUUGUAAAUUUAUUCUUAUUUUAGGAUUAUUUAUAUUAUGAAAUUAGUACAUUAGCAAUAAAUUGUUGAAACAUA